AUCGAACAAAGUUCGGAAAAUAAAGAGGGCAACAAAGAAAGUUGCAGGGACAUUCUAGGUAAAAUAUUUAAUGUUCCUGAAUAAUACUUCGGGAGAAGUAUUGCACAACACAGCGAUCCCUACUCAUCGGAAGGUCGGAAAGGGAACAUUGUACAAUACUUCGGGAGAAGUAUUGCACAACACAGCGAUCCCUGCGGGCCAUGUCAAAGUAUCACCUGUCAUUGCUUUGGAACCAAAUGCGUUGUUGCCUAUACCGGACAACAAUGCAGAUAUGAGGUUUUUGGGCGAAGCAGUUAGUAGUUACAUGGCAUGGCCCACACAUCUUGUUGCCCUUGAUAAGAUUCUGAAAAAGCAUAAAGGGAAUGAUAAAAAGAUUCUCAAAAAUGAGUCAAUUACAUCGCCUGAAAAGUUGCCAUAG